AUGCCAGCCGCAUUCCUCCUUUCUUCGAUCCUCCUCCUUUUGCCUGCUUUCCUAUUCUCUUUCCUAAACUACUUCUUUUUUUCUUGAACUCUCACCGGUCAUCCCCCUACCUUCCAAAAGUCCACUGCAAUUAUUGUAGAGCUGGAGCAGCAACUCGGCGAUGAAGAAAUCACCAAACAAAAAUGAGAAGUCCUCAUUGAUCCAUUUAUAUCUAGGGUUUUAGGGUUUCUAAUUCGUCGUCGUCCCCGCAACAAAAAUGGGUAAUCCGUCAUCUUUCUUUCUCUAAUUAUAAUCCUUUUAGCACAUAAUAGUUUAAUUAUUGUAUAUUCUCUUUAAUUUCAUGGUUUUUGUUUGUAGAUCUCUGUAAAUUGUGGAACUUAUUCAGCCCAAAAAUUUAGGUUUCUUUCCCAUAUUUCUAGAAAUGAUGGGUUUACUUUCUAAUGGAAGCGCUUUUUUCUGUUUUCGUGCUCUAUCCCGCUUUUUGGUGGUCGUAUGUUAUUUUGGAUUUUUACUUUGGAGGUAGUAUGUUGUUCUUCCAUUAUUUUUGAUUUUGAUCUUUUGUUCUUCUUUGGUUUGAUUGUAUUUUUUAAAGGUUUGUUGGUUAAUUCAUAUUUUUCUUUUCUGUUCUUAUUUUGUUGCUUGUGAUGGUUUCCUGAUUUUAUUCAUUUAAACAUGAUUUUAUUGUUUUAAUGUUUCUGGAUUAUGUUUAUAUUGUUCGAUUCGUAUUUCUGGAUCCAUGAAUCGCAAUGGGGGAAGGAAGGCGAAGGUGGUGGCAACACGUUUGAUGUUGUCCUCUGCUUUGUCGGCGCCAUAGGUGGCAAAGCCAUUCAACAGCUCCUCGUGAUGUUCCCCCAAGACUCUCUGUUAAUUUUUGUGGCUUCAUCACCGUCUUUAUGUUCAGGAACAAGAACGGCUGAACUAGAUCACCGUCUUCCAAAGGUCUCAGCCUCCGAGGAGAUGAUCGUCUGUGUUGCAGUUGUCGGUCACCAGAACAAUCCAUUAUACAUUCAAAGCUUCACAGAGGCAGAUGAUGCCCUCAAGCUUCAUCACAUCGUUCACUGCUCCCUCGAUGUUAUUGACGAACGAGUGAACAAUCCCAAGAAAUCUGGGCCGAUGCUGAAUGAAACUUUUUUAGGUCUUCUUUACCCAACGGAGAACUACAAAGUGUAUGGCUAUUUGACCAAUACUAAGGUGAAAUUCAUCUUGGUGACCACCGAUUUAGAUGUAAGAGAUGCUGACGUGAGAAAUCAGUUCUUCAGAAAGUUCCAUGCAGCUUAUGUGGAUGCGGUUUCAAAUCCUUUCCAUGUACCUGGUAAAAAGAUAACCUCUCGGACAUUUGCUGAAAGGGUUAGCAAUAUUGUCAAGUCGUUUGGAUUGGGUUCAUCUGGGUGAACAUCUGCUCUUUACAUGGAAUUGUGAAGCAUUUCUGCCAGAAUUGGAAAGACCUGGUUUUUCUUGCUGAAUGAAAUUGACAGCAGCCAAAAUGUGAGGUGAUUUAAUUUUUUUCGUUAUGGGGACUGUAGCAAUUAGGUACAAAAUGCUUUGGCAUGAUGAACACUUGUGCUGAUGGUUUGAAUUAGUGAGCUUGUAUCUCGUACAGUGGGUAUACGUUUGGAGCUUGUAUUAUGUUGUCACCAGAUCUUUUACAGUUACUAUUCAAUAGUGGAGAGGCAUAUAUGGCUUUUUGCAUCA